GUACCUGCUGCAUAUGUACCACUGCACCCAGACCCCCCAGCACUUCUGUCUGCCCAUGUCAUGGAGCGGUGUGGGCUGAAGUACUUUGUUCUACAGAGUGACCUGUUGCAGGUAAAGAGCAUUCACAGAGCAUUAUGAUAGUGGUUUAUAUUAUAACUGUGGUUUAAAAUUAUAAUUACUUACUGACAUGUUUCACCCUCUGACUAUUUGACUUUAUCUCUCUCUUUUCCCCCCCAAACAAUUCAAGACUGCAUUUUCCAACCUCAUGUCUGUAGAGGUGUGUGCAGUGUGGUCUGCUCACAACCUAACCCUCAUACUAAUACAGCACAGUCCAAUUGCAGCCCAUGUCCAGGAUGGGGUAAUGGCCCAAAAAGGGGUGCCAAAUGCUGACCUCUUUACUCCUGCUGCAGUGAGAGUGCCAGCCAGGGGUCACUGGCGUUUAUAUUACACACAUCUGGAACAACAGGUCUUCCCAAGAGAUUGAGGGUACCACCCAAGUGUAUAGUGCCUAAUAUACUGGUUUAGUUGGAUUGGUGUGAUGCAUGUAUUUCUGUAUCUCAAUGUCCAUGUCACUGGUUGUAUGUAUUGAAUUUCAGUGAAUAUUGUUUGUUAAACAGCAUUCUGUCCUUAUCUCUUCAGAUCUCUGUUUCACAUGACACAAGAUGAUGGGGUGUUCCUGGCCUCUCCCCUGACCUUUUAA